AUGGCGGUCGCGACCAAGCCCAAGAACACGUACGAGCUCGUGGUGCAGGACGAUUUCCUCGUGGUGCUGCACCCGUUGGAGCCCCUGAGUCUGCACAUCGCUCGCUGCUCCGCCACUGACGCGUCGCUUGGACUGCGCGUCGAGCACGUGAAGGACUCUCAGCACGUCCACGGCCGUCGCAUGGUCUUUGACGCCAUCUACGGCGUCUUUUGGCUGCUCCGUGGCCCCUAUUUGGCUGCAGUAACGCAGUCGAAAGUGGCAGCAAGAGGGGUAGGGGACGCCGAGAUCCGCGUGGUGCAGAAGCUGGAGCUCCUGCUCAUUCCCACGCAGCACUUGCCCGUGCUCACACCACAGCAAGAGCAGGACGAACGCACGUUCAUUGACAUGAUUACAAGCGACAUUGAGGCCCAGCAGCUGCACUUUUCCAGGGACUUUGACCUCACGCACACACUGCAACGGAUUGCAUCGUUUGAUGAUAAUAGUCGCAGUAUUGCUGAGCGGGCAGACGAGCGGUUCUUUUGGAACAAAACGCUGUGCGCGGCGUUUAUCGAGCAAAAGCUGUUUGAGUGGGUGACUCCGAUGAUGCAGGCUCAUGUCGAGUUGACGGAACGACUGACGGUGCAUGAUAAGUCGUUUCGGAUUUUGUACCUUUCGAGACGGUCGUGCAAGCGGCAGGGAAUGCGCUUUACGAUGCGAGGGGUUGAUGCUGAUGGCAAUGUCGCCAAUUUUGUCGAGACAGAGCAGAUUUGCCUCUUUGACAACGGACGACAGACGUCGUUUGUUCAGAUUCGUGGCUCGAUUCCAGUUUUCUGGAGCUCCCCCGCUUCAAUGAAGUACGCGCCUGAGGUCUUCCAGGCGAGCGACACUGAUCGUGACGUCGCCGCCUUUCAGAAACAUGCGUACGAGCUCAUGUCGCUUUACGGUCGAGUGUUGUUCGUUAAUCUCAUCGACAAGAAGAAGGAACAGCUCAAGCUCGGCGAAGCGAUGGCAAAGACCGUUGCCGACGCUGCUACCAAAGACUCGCACAUUCUUGCGGCCGUGCGACUUGUGUGGUUCGACUUCCACCACGAGUGCCGCAACAUGCAAUGGGGCAUGCUUGAGAAACUGAUCAAGCAAGUUGAUGACGACUUUUUGGAUCACGGAUUCUUUUGCAAGGGCGCAGAUGGCGUUGUGGUACACAAACAGUCCGGCGUGGUGCGCACCAAUUGCAUGGACAACCUCGACCGCACGAACGUCGUACAGUCGCUCUUCGGCCGGCGCAGUUUGAUGCUUCAGUUAAGCGAGAUCGAGGCGCUACAAGGAAAUGUGCUCAGCUCACCGUUUGAGGAGUUCGAGUGCACGUUUAAACGCGUUUGGGGUAACAACGCCGAUGCAAUCAGCCUGUUGUAUGCCGGUACAGGAGCCCUCAAGACGGACUUUACACGCACCGGCAAGCGCACGAGGAAGGGUGCGCUCCUGGAUGGCUACAAUUCGUGUAUGCGUUAUAUCAAGAACAAUUUCAUGGACGGAUAUCGACAAGACGUUCUAGACCUGCUACUAGGACGCUAUGUGGCCUCGCGCAGCAAGCGUACACCGUUUGAGGCCCAGGGUGAGAGUCUCGAGUCGGCGUUAACAAAACUACUGGGACUUGUAGCUGUCUUCUUUCUUGUGGAGACGUACCGUUCCAGUGGCCAGAGCUAUGCGUUCGAGCGGCUGAUCCGUUCCGUACUGCUGACGCUACUCAUCUGUGCGGGUGCGUUUAGUGUGCUGGUUAAGAAGGGUCACUCAGUGGGUAAGAAGCUGGUGCGGCUGCCGAGUUUGUGCCCACAGGACGGCUGCAUGACUGCAUGGAAGCAUUAA